AAUGCUUCGUCGUUGGUAUACCUUGAGAGACAAGGUCACAUAAUGACCUUGGCAAAUCAAACGUAUGUAUCCUAUAAUCUAGAAUGGUAAAGGCUAUUGCAUUCCCCUUGAGGCCCUUUACCAUCAAAAUAAUUUUCCUGGCGUGUAUUCUUUUACUGUCCUUGCAGCUGAUAUUUUUUUAUUCCUCGAGUAUUGACGUUGCCAAUUUAGUUGGUCGAAUAGGCAAUUCCAAAGGUGUGAUCAGCGGUGAUAAACAUGCUCCCGUUGAUCGAUCGGAGGCAUUUGGUGAUAUGGGUCGUGCAGUUGUUAUACCUGCAUCAUUACAAGCAGAAUCGAAACGGACAUUCCAUGUGAAUGAAUUUAAUCUGGUUGCUAGCGAUUUAAUUGGUCUUCAUCGUAAUUUAAAUGAUUUUCGUCAUGCCAGUUGUCCACGUGUUAUACCUUUGGGCAAAUUGAUCCCCUACAAAACCAGUGUCAUCAUUGUAUUUCAUAAUGAAGCUUGGUCAACAUUAUUACGUACUGUACAUUCUGUUCUUGACCGUACACCAUCAGAAAUACUUGAAGAGAUUAUUCUUGUCGAUGAUGCUAGUACUCAAGAACAUUUAGGUCAACAAUUAGAUAGUUAUGUAAACAAGUUAAAUCAACAUGUACACGUUGAACGAAUGCAUAAUCGUAGUGGACUUAUACGUGCAAGAUUACAAGGCGCAAAAAUUGCUAAAGGCAAAACAUUAACAUUUUUAGAUGCACAUUGUGAAGUAACUGUUGGUUGGUUAGAAACACUACUUGUACAUAUUUCUGAGAAUCCUAAACGUAUAGUCUGUCCUAUUAUUGAUGUUAUUAAUCAUGAUACAUUUGAAUAUCUACUUGGUUCUGAUCGUACAUGGGGUUCUUUCGAUUGGCAUUUCAGUUUUCAUUGGGAAAGUGUUGGUGACAGAGAGAUUGAUAGACUUGAUGAUGAUCACAGUAAACCGCUGAGAACUCCUACUAUGGCUGGUGGUCUAUUCACUAUUGUACGAGAUUAUUUUUAUGAGCUUGGCGCUUAUGAUGAAGGUAUGGAGAUAUGGGGUGGUGAAAAUAUUGAAUUAUCAUUUCGUGUAUGGCAAUGUGGAGGUGAAUUGUUGAUUGAUCCAUGCAGUCGUGUUGGACAUGUGUUUCGUAAGUCAUCACCGUACACUUGGCCUGGUGGUGUUAGUAAUAUAUUAUACAAGAAUUUCGUACGAACUGCUCUAGUCUGGUUGGAUCAGUAUAGUCGAUUCUAUUUUAUGAUGAAUCCGUCUGCCUUGGCAGUUGAUUUUGGAAAUAUUACUGAACGCAAAGAACUUCGCCGACGACUGGAUUGUAAAAGUUUCCGCUGGUAUUUAGAGAAUAUUUAUCCUGAAUCACCUGUUCCAAUUGAUGUUUUACGACUUGGUGAAAUUCGUCACACGAAAACUGGUUAUUGUUUAGAUUCACUUGGUCAUAAAGUCGGUGAAUAUGUUGGUAUAAGCCGAUGUCAUGGACAAGGUGGUAAUCAAGUAUUUGCAAUAACUGAAAGUGGUGCAAUUCGUGUUUACAUUGGCUGUAUAGAUGGUGGAGAUAAAAGGAAUACAGGAACUGGAAAGUUAAUAUUUCAUAGGUGUUCAAGUGACAAUUUCGGUCAGGUAUUUGAAAUAUCUGAUAAGAAACUUGACGUAUCGCUAAAUACAUUCCCGACAGCCUGGUGUAGACUGUCAUCAAUACCUACCUGCUGUCGGACGAUCUACUAGGUCAGGUGACCAACUGGAAAGGAUAAGGAACAAGGAACUCUGAUAGUCAGUGAAUCAACUAAGAAUCUGUUACUUCACAGUCGUGCAGAAGGAAAUGGAGAUUGAUUGGUUACUUUGUGGUGUUGGCCUUUGAGUGGAACCCUAAUGCAAAGUGACAAAUCGGGUGAAUGGAAAGAGAUCAUGUAAGAGGAGAUGAAAGCUUGUGUUUAGCGGUGAAGCCAGCUGUGGGGGAAUGAAUCCCUGUAUUCUACUCAAAACAAAAUAAUUCACAAAGCUACGAAACUGUGCCUUGUUGUUAUCCCAGUAGUCAAGGUGUUACGACUCACACUAAGAGUAUGCUCUGAUUCAGAAGAUUUCAACUGGACUCUGCCGCCACUCUUCAAUGAUACAACAGUUCUCAUAUAAACAACAGUUGGGCUUCCAUUUCUUUCUCUUUUCUUCUCUCACUCCCCUUCAAUUCAAUCACUUAGUCAGUCAGCCAGCCAUUCAAUUUUUAGUCUAUAUUCGGAAAAACCAAACAAAUGAAUGUGAUAUAUAUGUACAUUUAUAUAUGAUAUGUGUAUAUGAUGUAUAAUAUAUGCGUAGUAUUGUAAUAAUUUUGGAUGUAGUUUAUUUGCAAUUGUGUUUGUACUUCUUCCUUAUUUUUUUUUUAACACAACACCUUCGUUUUCAUUAUUUUCUCCCUGUGUUUGGUUGGUUGGUCGAUUGGUUGUUGUGGCUUAAUGCAUCAUUCAUCCAUUUAUUGGUUCUCCCGUUGGUUGCCUUAAAACAGUUUCUUUGAAAGCAAGAGAUUAGGUUGAACACUGUAAUAUAUAUUAAUAUUACUAGUAUUAUUAUUAUUUCUUCAAUACAAACCUUUUGUCUUCAAAAUACUUUGUCAACUGCUUAUAUAUUUAUUAUUAUGAUGAUUUGUGUAUUUUAUAUAACGUGAAAUCAGGUCCUCUCUGUCUCUCUCUGCCUCUCCGCCGCCCGUUCGUAUUUCAGAGAUGAAACAGUUUUGUUCAUUACACGAUUAUGUUUGUAUUUUGUAAGUAGAUAGGUGCGAUAGAUAAGGAGUAUAUAUUUACGUUUAUAUCAAUGAGACGUAUUCAACACAGUGUCUCCUACUUUAUUUGUUUGUUUGUUGUUGUUUUUUUCUUAAUACUGUACACUUAUAUGCACGAAUGUACUUCAUUCAUCGACUUCUUCAACUUUUUUUUGUCGUGUAUGUUUAGUGAUCAAGGUGAAGGUUGUGGUGGUAUAGUUGUUAGCUCAACAAUUAUGUAGUUAAUAUAUAUGUAUGUAUCUAUAAAGUGAUUUUCAUUCCUCGUAUCUCUUUACUUGACAUGUGACAAUGUAAAAUAAUUAGGAAAUGAAAUGGAGGUAUUUAUAUGCAUACGUGUGUGUCUGACUUUUAAUUUUCCGUUUAUUUAUUUAUUCUGUAUAUGGACGCCUUUCUUAUACUUUCCUACUUUUAUUAUUAUGAUUAUUAUUCCCCUCUUCUACAUGGCGACUUUUCUUCUGUUUUUCUUUUGUAUUUUGUUGUAUAAUAAAUUUAUUUUAGGGUGAAUUGGUUCCCUUUUGAAGCACAAAUAAUGAUAUAAAUAAAUACUAACAAUGGAUAAGUUUGUUUUAUUCUUAUAUUAGGAUUAUUCAUCUCUUGCUAUCUCUGCUAUCAUUCUUUUUUUUCAGUCGGUUCCUAUGGUUGUCCAUAAACAUCAGAAGAUUUUCCGCUUAUACUGCACUUAGUGACCCUAAAAAACAAAUUUUUUGAUUCCCGUUUCGAUUCAACUCGAAGGCGGCGCAUGUCUGGUAGUGUGUGUGUGAUGUCAGAGCAUUAUAUCCAAACCAUCUGUAUUUCCC